GGGCAAUGGGCAUUUGGGCAUUGGUUUGAAUGUCAGGAUUUGAUUGGUUGGGUCGUCCUCUUUGUCAAUUCGAUCCCCAAUUCCUGAUUUUUAUUUUUAUUUUCAUUUUCUGUCUCGCGUUUCUACUUGGAAGAUGAUGAUUGAAAAGAGUUUCAGUCUCAGUGAAAAGUGGAGUGACGACCUGAGAGUUGUGACGGGUGUUGGAAGGGUUGCUGGCUCACGCUUCUUUUUCAAGCCUUUUGUAUUGGGUCCGUACACUCGAGAUUCUAUAAAGCCAGCUUUGCCUCGCUUGAUCUCUCUCCCUCUCUCUCUCUCUCUCUCUCAAGCACACACAUUUCGGAUACUAGAGGCGGGUUGUUGGUUUCUUUUGGGUUGCCCCUUUUAAACAGAACCUUACUGGUUCCAAAAGAUUUGGGAUUUGAGUUCGUCGGGAAGGAUGAACGUGGCUGCGCUAGUGGCUAUUGCUGCCACAGUUGGUAACUUCUUGCAAGGAUGGGACAAUGCAACUAUUGCAGGAGCUAUAGUGUAUGUAAAAAAGGAGCUCAGCUUGGAGAGUACUGUAGAAGGCAUUGUUGUAGCCAUGUCACUGAUUGGAGCCACGCUUAUCACAACUUGCUCUGGACCCAUAUCGGAUUGGCUGGGCCGGCGCCCUAUGCUAAUAAUGUCCUCAAUUUUCUACUUUAUUAGUGGUUUGGUAAUGUUGUGGUCUCCCAAUGUUUAUGUUCUGCUUAUAGCAAGGCUAAUAGAUGGGUUUGGAAUUGGUUUAGCUGUUACUCUCAUCCCGCUCUACAUAUCUGAGACCGCCCCAUCAGAUAUAAGGGGAUCGUUGAACACUCUUCCACAGUUUGCAGGUUCUGGUGGAAUGUUUUUGGCCUAUUGCAUGGUUUUUGGAAUGUCAUUGAUGGAAUCCACUAGCUGGAGAUUGAUGCUCGGAGUUCUCUCCCUUCCAUCUCUUAUUUAUUUUGCAUUAGCAGUAUUCUAUUUACCUGAAUCUCCACGGUGGCUUGUGAGUAAAGGGAGGAUGCUUGAGGCAAAACAAGUUUUGCAGAGGUUACGUGGCAGGGACGAUGUUUCAGGAGAGAUGGCUUUACUGGUUGAAGGUCUGGCUGUUGGUGGUGAACCAUCUAUAGAAGAGUAUAUUAUAGGCCCGCCUGGUGAAUCUGCUGAUGAUCAUGAACCAGUUGCUGAGAAAAAUCAAAUUAAGUUGUAUGGACCUGAACAGGGCCUCUCUUGGGUUGCCAGACCUGUUACUGGUCAGAGUAGUCUGGCACUUAUUUCCCGUCAUGGAAGCAUGGUAAACCAGGGCUCUCUUAUAGAUCCGCUUGUGACUCUUUUUGGCAGUGUCCAUGAAAAGCUACCCGAGACAGGAAGCAUGCGAAGCGCGCUAUUUCCUAAUUUUGGCAGCAUGUUCAGCACAGCAGGGGGUGAGGUUAAAAAUGAACAGUGGGAUGAAGAGAGCCUGCAGAGGGAAGGUGAGGGUUACGCAUCAGAUGCUGGUGGAGCAGACUCUGAUGACAAUUUACAGAGUCCAUUGAUCUCACGGCAAACAACAAGCCUGGAAAAGGAUAUGGUCCCUCAUUCCCAUGGCAGUGCCCUUAGCAUGAGACGUGGUAGCAGUAUCAUGCAAGGAACUGCCGGAGAAGCAGUUGGUGCCACGGGCAUAGGCGGUGGCUGGCAAUUGGCAUGGAAAUGGUCUGAAAAGGAAGGAGAAGAUGGAAAGAAGGAAGGAGGGUUUAAGAGGAUAUAUUUGCAUCAGGAGGGAGUUCCUGGGUCCAGGCGAGGGUCUGUAGUCUCACUUCCUGGUGGCGAUGUUCCUGAGGAAGGUGAGUUUAUCCAGGCUGCUGCUUUGGUAAGCCAGCCUGCUCUUUAUUCAAAGCAACUUUUGGAUCAGCAUCCAAUUGGACCAGCAAUGGUUCACCCAUCUGAAACUGCUUCAAAAGGGCCAAUUUGGGCGGCCCUUCUUGAACCAGGAAUCAAGCAUGCAUUAAUUGUUGGGAUUAGUAUUCAACUACUUCAGCAGUUUGCUGGCAUUAAUGGGGUUUUGUACUACACCCCUCAGAUUCUCGAAGAGGCAGGAGUUGAAGUUCUUCUCGAGAGUCUGGGUCUUGGUUCGGAGUCUGCAUCAUUCCUCAUUAGUGCACUUACAACCUUCUUGAUGCUUCCAUGUAUAGGUGUUGCAAUGAAGCUCAUGGAUGUCUCUGGUAGAAGGACACUGCUGCUCACUACAGUUCCUGUCUUGAUAGUUACACUUAUCGUCCUAGUUAUCGGCAAUAUUUGUGACCUGGGUACAGUUAUCCACGCUGUAGUCUCGACCGUCUGUGUCGUGGUCUACUUCUGCUGUUUCGUUAUGGCCUACGGGCCAAUCCCGAAUAUCCUCUGCUCGGAGAUCUUCCCCACACCAGUUCGUGGCCUCUGCAUCGCAAUCUGCGCACUAUUUUACUGGCUCGCCGACAUUACCGUAACAUACACACUUCCUGUGUUGCUCUCUUCAAUUGGGAUUGCUGGUAUCUUUGGCAUUUACGCUGUCGUGUGUGUCAUCUCCUGGAUCUUCAUCUACCUCAAGGUUCCGGAAACAAAGGGAAUGCCCCUUGAAGUGAUUACAGAGUUCUUUGCUGUUGGUGCAGGGCAGGUUGCUGCUGCCAAGAAUGAGUGAGCGAGUGGGGAUUCUGUACUGUAUCUAUAGUACUAUUCUUUGGCGCUGUCAUAUCCAUUUUCUGUUUGACAAGAGUUUUGUGUGUUGUAAUGAAUUGGGAAUUUCAACUCUUAAUCUUUAUACCAUAACUAGUAAAAGUUUUCGCCAUUAUGUAAA